UCUACAUGGGCAGCGGGCAGGCCUGCCCUGAUUAUCGCCAUCCUCGCUCAACACGAAGUCCUAUAAUGUCCCAAGCCGCAAAUCGAACGGUGAAAUCACUCUCUGCCGCAUUCUCAUCCCCAGGGUUUAUGCUUCUUGAUCAGGGUUUUUCAAGCCUUCCUCACUGGGAAGUUCGCUCAUCUUCAAGAAUCCAAUAUUUACAAGAGUUAAAGUUCUGUUCUAGCCAAAUGGCGUCAAAGGGUAGCAGAAGAGGGAGAAAAAGAAGAUCAACCGCAAAACCGAGGCCGACCCAUUACGAGAAAAGGUCUCUGCAAGUGAAGAAUCAAGAAAGCUCCACUUCAUCCUCUACAAUCUGCUCUGACAGUACCUCCGAGACCAGCACUGCACUAACCGGCGCAGAAUCGGGAGGCGAAAAAAUCUCCGGAAGCAACUGCUCCACUCCGAAGGCGCAGAGAUUCCGGAUACCCAAGAUCGAGACGUGCCCCCCAGCGCCGAAGAAGCGGAGAGUAAUGUCGAGCUGCUGCCUGCAGAGGAGGCCGAUCGCGUUCUUCGCUCCUCCGGAUAUAGAGCUCUUCUUCUUCUUCGCCCUUCGCGGUAUUUCGAUUUGAAGCUUGUGAGUGCGUGGGUUUUUCCAUGUAAAGCUAAAAGAUGACCACGUCUUAUUGGUUUUUUUAGAAUUUGGUCAUCUUUAUGGAUCCCCUUUUAGAUUAGGCGUUUGAAGGUUAUAGUAGUAGUGUGACACAGUGUGAGAAUUUGAAGAUUCUGAGCAAUAGGGUUAGGCACCUUUUAAGCUCUCGAUUCGCUUUGCUUUGCUUUCCCUCGGGCCAAUGCUAAUUCCUGGCCUUCGAAAAUCUGUAGGGAAUGACUAAUCAAACCACCUGGAUUUAGCUGGGAGGUCCAGCUGAAUUCCAGUGUUUACUGCAGAACUUUUCCUUUUUUUUUCUUGGGCUAAUGUAAUGUUAUCUCUGACCUUUUGGGAUUGAGGAAAGUGGAAGCUGUAGUGGGUGGUUAGGGAGAUGAGUGAGUGUGAUUUUAGUGUUGUGAUCUUCC